GACAGACUAUUCUCCUUGAUGCAAACAGGAUUGAAAGAGAAUUGAAAAGGAAAUUUCUCAAUAUGUGAUUCAUGUUAAUAUUGCAUUCUUUUGCCUCUAAAAUAAUUUCUUACAGCAUAAAUGUGGUAGGAAUUCUACAAAAUGAGAGACGUUGAAUGAGGUGAGUGAUUUUUAGUUUUGUCAUUUGAUUAUUACUUAGUUACAGUCUCAAACCUGAUCCCUUUCCAUAUAUUACUCCGAUGACUGAUCUUUAUCAUUGUAAGUUCUUAGAGCGAUGACUGAUCUUUAUUAUUGUAAGCUCUUAGAGGUUUUUUUCAUUGCUGUAAGUUAACAGUGCUUUUAUAUCCUUCAGGAAAGAAGAGAUUACUCAAAAGAAACUCUGAAGUAGAGGACCCAGUUGUAGUGAGCUUUUUGCUAAGCUGUUUCACCCCAGAACGGCUAUGGAAUCCAGAGCAGUUUCAACCCCGGUACCUCAGAAUUCUCAGGAACAAGAGCUAAUACUAGUGAAAGUAGAAGAAAGCCUUUCUUGGGGUCAGAAACUUAAGCAGAAUAGGAGUAACCGAUCCUGCCAGGAACUGUUUCGCCAGCAGUUCAGAAAGUUUUGCUACCAGGAGACACCUGGGCCCCGGGAGGCUCUGGGCCGACUCCAGGAGCUUUGCUGUCAGUGGCUGAGGCCAGAGUUGCACACGAAGGAGCAGAUCCUGGAGCUGCUGGUGCUGGAGCAGUUCCUGAGCAUCCUGCCUGAGGAGCUGCAGAUCUGGGUUCAGCAACACAGUCCAAAAAGUGGCGAGGAAGCUGUGACUCUGUUGGAGGAUUUGGAGAGGGAAUUUGAUGAUCCAGGGCAGCAGGUCCCAGCUAGUCCACAGGGACCAGCAGUGCCAUGGACGGAUUUGACACGUCUUGGAGCAUCCCAGGAGUUAACAAACAUUGAACUCCAGCCUUUAAAGAGACAGCUGAAACCCUGGGAACCUUGCCUUUCCCCCAGAAGCGUAUCACACGAGCAAAGUCCACAAAAUCCUGAAGAUGAGAGAAUACAAUCCAUUCCAGGAAUUGCAGAUUGUGAGAACAAUGGAUCAUCAACAAAGAAGGACAUUUCAGGAGAGAAAUCGCAAAGACUUCCCCAGGAGCCUUCAUUUGGAGGAAUUAGUGAACAUGAAAGCAGUUCAGAGUGGCAGCAUGGAAGUGCUACAGGGGAGAAAUUAAGAAGAUCCCCUUCCCAAGGGGGCAGUUUUAGUCAAGUAAUCUUCACACACAAAUCUCUAGGAAGCAAAGACCAUCCUGAGCCCCAGAGAAGCUUGAUUCUAAAUACAAACUCUAUAACGUAUCAGAAAGUUCCUACAGAAGAGAGACCUUACAGGUGUGAUGUAUGCGGGCACAGCUUCAAACAGCAUUCUGCUCUAACACAACAUCAGAGAAUCCAUACUGGAGAAAAGCCAUACAGAUGUAGCCAGUGUGGGAAGGCCUUUAGUUUGAGGUCCUAUCUUAUUAUUCAUCAGAGAAUUCAUAGUGGUGAGAAAGCAUAUGAAUGUAGUGAAUGUGGGAAGGCCUUCAACCAGAGCUCAGCCCUCAUUAGACAUCGGAAAAUCCAUACUGGUGAGAAAGCUUGUAAAUGUAAUGAAUGUGGCAAAGCAUUCAGUCAAAGUUCGUAUCUCAUUAUCCAUCAAAGAAUUCACACUGGUGAGAAACCCUACGAGUGUAAUGAGUGUGGGAAAACCUUUAGCCAAAGCUCAAAGCUUAUUAGACACCAGCGAAUUCAUACAGGAGAAAGACCUUAUGAAUGUAAUGAGUGUGGAAAAGCUUUCAGGCAGAGCUCAGAGCUGAUAACCCAUCAGAGAAUACAUAGUGGAGAGAAACCCUAUGAAUGUAGUGAGUGUGGAAAAGCCUUCAGUCUGAGCUCAAACCUCAUCAGACACCAGAGAAUUCACAGUGGAGAGGAACCUUAUCAGUGUAAUGAAUGCGGCAAAACCUUCAAAAGGAGCUCAGCCCUUGUUCAGCAUCAGAGAAUCCACUCCGGGGAUGAGAAACCCUAUGAAUGUGAUAAGUGUGGAAAGGCCUUUAAUGUGAGCUCAGCCCUGGUUCUGCAUCAGAGAAUUCAUACUGGGGAGAAACCCUAUCCUUGUAAUUGGUGUAUUAAAAGUUUCCGUCGGAGCUCAGACCUUAUUAAACAUCAAAGAGUCCACACUGGUGAAAAACCUUACAAAUGUGAUGAAUGUGGGAAAGCCUUCAGUCAGAGCUCUGAUCUUAUUAUACAUCAGAGAAUACAUACAGGAGAAAAACCCUAUCAGUGCAGUCAUUGUAGUAAAAGUUUUAGCCAACGCUCAGACCUAGUUAAACAUCAAAGAAUACAUACUGGAGAGAAGCCUUAUACAUGUAACCAGUGUAACAAACAUUUUAGUCAGAGUUCUGAUGUUAUAAAACAUCAAAGAAUCCACACUGGUGAGAAACCAUAUAAAUGUGAUGUGUGUGGAAAAGCCUUCAGUCAGAGCUCCGAUCUUAUUCUACAUCAGAGAAUCCACACUGGAGAGAAACCAUAUCCAUGUAAUCAGUGUAGCAAAAGUUUCAGUCAGAACUCAGACCUUAUUAAACAUCGAAGGAUCCACACUGGAGAGAAACCCUAUAAAUGUAAUGAAUGUGGGAAAGCUUUUAAUCAGAGCUCAGUCCUUAUUCUGCAUCAGAGAAUUCACACUGGAGAGAAACCCUAUCCAUGUAAUCAGUGUAGCAAAACCUUCAGUAGACUUUCAGAUCUUGUUAAUCAUCAACGAAUUCACACUGGAGAGAAGCCUUACCCAUGUAACCAGUGCAGUAAAAUGUUUAGUCGAAGAUCAGACCUUAUUAAACAUCAUAGAAUUCAUACAGGCGAGAAACCCUAUGAAUGUGAUGAGUGUGGGAAAACCUUUAGUCAAAGCUCAAACCUUAUUCUGCAUCAGAGAAUCCACACUGGAGAGAAACCCUAUCCAUGUAACGAUUGUACUAAAAGUUUUAGUCGUCGUUCAGACCUUGUGAAACAUCAGAGAAUACACACUGGAGAGAAACCGUAUGCAUGUAAUCAGUGCAAUAAAAGUUUUAGUCAAAGCUCAGACCUCACUAAACAUCAGAGAGUACACUCUGGGGAAAAACCCUAUCAUUGUGAUUGUUGUGAGAAAGCCUUCAGUCAGAGUUCUGACCUUAUUCUUCAUCAGAGAAUUCACACUGGAGAAAAACCAUAUCUGUGCACACAGUGCAGCAAAAGUUUCAGUCAGAACUCCGACCUUAUCAAGCACCAGAGGAUCCACACUGGGGAAAAACCAUAUAAAUGUAAUGAAUGUGGGAAGGCUUUCAGUCAGUGCUCAGCUCUUGUCCUACAUCAGAGGAUCCACACUGGGGAGAAACCAUAUCCAUGUGAUCAGUGUGGCAAAAGCUUUAAUCGGCGCUCUGAUCUCACUAACCAUCAAAGAAUCCACACUAAUGAAAAUCCAUAUAAAUGUGAUGUGUCUGGGAAAGCCUUUAGCACAUGCACUGAUCUUACUGAACACCAGAGAAUCCACAUUGGAGAGAAACCCCACAGGUGUGUUCAAUGUAGCAGAAGUUUUAGCCAACUCUCUGAUCUUAUUAAUCAUGAGAAAGUCCAUUCUGGGGAAGACACUCUAAAUGUGUUGAAUAUGGGAAAACCUUUAGUGUAUACACCAACUUUAUUCAGUACCAGAGACACUCUGCCAGAAAAAAAUCUUAUGAAUGCUAUGGAUGAUUAUGAAAAAGGUUUUAAUCAAUGCUCAACUUUUGUGCUACAUUAAAAAAAGACACACACACACUAGAGAGAAAGCAUAUUAAUUCAAUUUUUAUAAUGAAAGUUUAACUCAGAGCCCAGACAUUACUAAAGAAAAUUUCUGAGGAUGAAUCCUGUGAGUUGUUGGAAAACCUUCAAUGUGAAAAAAUUUUUACUGAAUGUCAGAAACAAUGGAAAAAAAUUUCUAUCUGCUGUAAUGUAAGAAAAGCUCUAGUCUUUUAUUCAAACACUACACAAGAGGAAAGUUUUAUCAUUAUAAGAAAUGUCUAACCAUAUUAAUGCAGAACCUUAUCAGAUAUUGUAAAAAUCAGUGUGGUGUUGUGUGCAAUCAGAACUCAGAAGGAAAUGUAUUAGUGUUAUAAUCUCAAACCUUUAGUGAGCCCAGCUCACCUAUUGCAUAUCAGAGAAGUUAUUUUAGAGAAUGUAGGGAAAACUUAAACCCUUCCCAUAUCUUAAUUGGCAUUCACUCUGAUAAUCCGCAUACCACUUACCUCCUGACAGCUGGAGAAUCCUACCUUAUGCAAACAUUAGUUAUUAAAUUCCCUCUGUGUGAACAUGCUAUGCUAUGCUGGUAUUAAACUUACUAACUGCAUAACUCUAGUGCCCCAUUUUCUGAAAUAUCCUUUUUUUGGGGGAGGGGGCCAAGUUUUGGUCUUCCUAGUGAGCAUGAGUUUUCAAGUUCCUGUGGUGUUCACAGCAAACAUGAAUUUAUUUUGCUCUUAAUAAUGUAGCCCAUCCACAAACUUUAGUGGUUUGAAAUUACUUCUUCAACACUACCAUUUAAUUACAGUUUCUAAAUAUGUGAAACAAUUUUUUAAAAAAUAAUUCCAUAUGUUAAAGUGUGAAUAUUUCUCUACUACUAUGUUUAUCCUGUCUGUCAUCUAUAGAUGGAACAAAAAUGUUAGCUGAAGUAACACCCACAUGACUAUAUUGCAUAUUCUGUCUAAAAAUAAAAAGACCUAUUGAUCUUUUUUUUAAUGGCAA